AUGGCCUCAUUCUCUCACGCAGAACAGACCAGGCUUGUGUUCAGAAGAGAGAGCGGAUUCGCUCGCGCACAGACCCAAGCGGCACUGGGGAGACUGGCGUGCCGCCUGCCAGCCCGACCGUGCCAGUUAAACAGACUGGGCAUGCUCUGUCCUUCAGAUGACUUCCUCUUUGCCCAUCGCUUGCACUGUGAAAAUAAACAAUCUGCCUCCUUCAUGAAGGUUGAGUGUAGAGUUACCCCAGCAGCCGAGCUGGGUAAAUACAACACAGAUCCUCAGAGAGAGAGGAAUGAGGACAGGAUCGAUGAAGGUGGUGGUGUACCACAAACCAAGAGCAAAGAUAGAAUAAGAGGAGGAACUGGACAACUCAUAGGUGGCAAGAUUCCGAUCCGAUGGACCGCGCCAGAGGCCAUCGCCUAUCGCAAGUUCACCUCGGCCAGUGACGUAUGGAGCUAUGGGAUUGUGUUAUGGGAGGUCAUGUCUUACGGAGAAAGACCUUAUUGGGAGAUGUCCAAUCAGGAUGUGAUAAAAGCGGUAGAUGAGGGCUAUCGUCUUCCCCCACCCAUGGAAUGCCCUGCCACACUUUACCAGCUGAUGCUAGACUGCUGGCAGAAGGACAGAAACAACCGGCCGAAAUUUGAGCAGAUUGUCAGCAUCCUGGACAAGCUCAUCCGCAACCCCAGCAGUCUCAAAAUCACGGCCAGCACUGCUUCCAGACCGGUGAAUCUGCUUCUGGACAGGACCAGCACUGACAUCACUUCCUUUCACACAAUGGGUGAUUGGCUGGAGAGCGCCAGGACGUUGCCCUGUAAAGAUGCAUUCAGUGGGGUCAGCUACAGCUCCUGUGAUACACUGGCCAAAACCUCAGCAGAGGACUUCAAGAAAGUCGGUGUGAUGAUCGUUGGACCUCAGAAGAAGAUCGUGAGCAGCCUAACAACACUUGAAACAUGCUCAAAGAACGGUCCAGUUCCUGUGUAAAAUUAAAAACGAGUGACGGAAAUGAAAGACACUUAUACGAGAUUGAUGCUGCUUUGGCUUUAACAGACAGGAAAUAGAUAUUAAAUGAAAAGAUGAAGUGGAACUACAGUUCUUGAACACAUGUGCGAAGCAGAACAACCUUCCUGGAGAAAAAUCACGUCUUCCCGGGCACGAGGUGCAAAGGCAAUGAGCGUGUCUUCCAGCGAUUGACAUGUUGCCUUAUCGGCGAGAGAGGCGGAUGAGCACGGGUCUCAUGUUCAGGAGUCUACUGUCACGCUGCAUGGCUUCUCCUAGAGGACAGAUCCGGUCCGAUCCGAAUGGAUUUAACGAAGAGCUCUUCACGUGUGGCAGGGGAGCAUUAAAAUUCCUUCAGGAAAAAACUUUGCAAAAGCAUCCGUCUUCCUUUUGGAAGGUAGCACUUCAGAGAGGCAAUAGCUUGCGCCCCAGAGUUUUGGUGGUUUCGGGCCACUUGUAGAAAAUCCCCCUUUAAUUCUUCUGAAGAACGGCAGGAGAAAUGCAGCUGGUUACUGUUAGAGCAAUCUGGUAAUGCUUGUUAGGAUCUGACACGUUUGGCUAUAUGUUUGAUAAUAAACCAUUAAUCUGCGAGUGCAGAGAGCCAUUCUCGAGAAUCAGGGAUGGAGUAGGAGACCUUGGGUAAACUUGGCUUUUCAAAGGUUUAUUUGUUAAUGUAGCCCAAGACACAUGUUUGUUUGUACCACUGUGUUCGGAUGAUAUAUGAAUUAAUUAUCAAAUAAAAUUAAAAAAAACAGUACACUAUAAGGAAACAACUGUUUACUAGAAUCAGUAACAGUCAGUAAAUCAUAAUGCAUCACAUGAGAAAACCAGACAGAAUAGAGCGCUGAUGUGUUUUUGUAGGCCAACCCAGAAGUUAGCAUCACCCUUUCCCAUUGGUUUUUGGAUUAUUGCAGAAAAUAGGCUCUUACACAUUUUGUUCAUGAUGAUGAUCUUCUACAAUCGCCAGAAGUAAAAAGCCACAGUCGCAUUGCUUCAAUGUCACAACAACUCUUUCAGUCUUUAAGAAACAUUUUCCCUGAAAGUUUGAGUAGAAAUAAUUUGCGGGCGCGCCAUUAUAAACACAAGGCUGUAAAAGUGGACUAGUCUCUAGACGAGUUUACCUGCUCAGCAUGAUGAUGUUUAAUGUCCCCAACAAUAUGUGAAAAUAUAUUGAGCUUGUGUUCCAUACAGGCCUUAUUUCAGACAUUUAAAAAAUACAUCGACGAUGGAACUGGGAGUGCUAAAAUGCGAACUUGUUUCUGGGUUUUGGCCUGCAAAUAGCUGUCAUCCCUGCAGCACUCUAUACCAGCAGGAUUUUGAUCUCAGAAGUCUCAGAUAUGAUGUAUAGUAUGUGAAACAAAAAAUUUUGCAACAAUUCAAAUAAUUGUUGUCACAUGACCUCAUCUUGGUUAAUUCAGCAACAUCCAAUUAUCAUCUUGAAAUUAAAUCCAGUUCAAUUGCAUGUUUAAUCCAAUUACGUGUAAAAUUCAAACUGAAAUCAUGUUGAAAUCUUGAGGUAUGACUCGCUCCACCUCAGAACUGGCUUCUCUUUUUGUUUGUCCCCACAGAUCCUCUCCAUUCCAAUCACCUGAUUACAUUCUGGCAACACCUACUUUUCACAAUCAAAAUCAGUUCCCAAUUGAUUAAAGUCCCACCCUCCUUUUUUUCUUGUUGAGUAUCCUGGAAAUCAGAUUUUGGAAGGAAAAUAAGUUGUGAAUGUUACUUCACAUGGGGUUUAACA